UCUGCAGUGUGCUGGGCCGUCGUGACAGUGACAGUGACUCCCAAGGUGGAGGUGAUCAAGGGAGAGUCAGCCAGUCUGCCCUGCACCUUCAAAAUCCCUCGCUCCCUGAACAACAUCGUAGAGUGGUUCAUUGAGGAGGGUGGCACCAGGAAGCGUGUUGCGUUCCGCUCCGUGUCGGGCGGCGAGGGGAAGACUGAUGAGGGGACACGUCUGUCCGACAGAGUGACCAUGGGAAYGGACUURUCUCUGACCAUCUCCCCCGUGGCGGUGGAGGACCAGCUGCCCUUCUACUGCCAGGUCACUGCUGGCCCUGCUGGAGUCGGAGAGGCCAUCACACAGCUCAAAGUCUUCUUCGCUCCAGAGAUGCCAGAGGUCACUGGAUCCAACCAGGCCCUAUCUGUUGGUGACUCCUCCACACAGGUUGGUUUCAACUAUUUGUCCUGUAAACUUCCAUUGUCCUCCAAUGUUCUUCCAUUGUCCUCCAAUGUUCUUCCAUUGUCCUCCAAUGUUCUUCCAUUGUCCUCCAAUGUUCUUUCAUUGUCCUCCAAUGUUCUUCCGUUGUCCUCCAAUGUUCUUCCAUUGUCCUCCAAUGUUCUUCCGUUGUCCUCCAAUGUUCUUCCGUUGUCCUCCAAUGUUCUUCCGUGCGGCGGGUGUCAGAGAAUUGGGCUCCAGCCAGGCCUGGUUGAGCACAUUGCCACGCCCCCGAGGACCAUCCGUGUUGCAGAGGUCAACUGUCCCAAAAAGAAAGCAGCUUGUAAAAGGCACCAGGGAGGUCUACCACACCAGGCCUUCUCCUCCCUCACCACCGGCCAUGGCAGGGAGGUCUACAGCACCAAGGGCCUGUCUCCUCCCUCACUCACCGAGCAGCAAGGGGAGGUCUUCCCAGCACCAUGGCCUGUCUCCUCCCUCUACCCACCGGCAGCAGAUGCAUGUGCCCAGACAAAACGGUGCGCUUCUUGGGGCAACACAGAGGGCCCGCUGUGCUUCGGAGCUCCAGAAUGGUGA